AUGGGUGAUGUUGAAAAAAGCAUUCAGAAAUGUUCUCAGUACCACACAGUUGAAAAAGAUGGAACACACAAGACAGGACCAAAUCUUUGGGGUUUAUUUGGCCGCAGAACAAGACAAGCUGCAGGAUUUUCUUACUCAGAUGCAAACAAGAACAAAGGAGUUGUCUGGUGUGAGAAUACACUGACGGAGUAUUUGGAAAACCGUAAGAAAUACAUUCCUGGUACAAAAAUUAUUUUUGCUGGAAUUAGAAAGCAGAAUGAAAGAGCUGAUCUUAUUGCAUAA